ACACACACACAAACACACACACACACACACACACACACACACACACACACACACACACACACACACACCCACAGACACACACACACACACAGACACACACACAGACACACACACACACACACACACACACACACACCCACAGACACACACACACACACACACACACACACACAGACACACACACACACACACCCACAGACACACACACACACACACACACAGACACACACACACACACACACAGACACACACACAGAAACCUUUCAUUCUCUUCUCAGUAAAAAACUAAAACAUAAAGAACCAGAGAUUUCAGAAGUAGUCUGAACAUCUGGCGUCUCAUUGGUCCAUCAUUGAAAUGUAGGAGUCGUAUAUAUAUAUAUAUAUAUUAGGAAUAUUUGAGGUCUCCAUGAUGGAGGAGGCGGGACCCAAUGCCUUCCACUGUUAUCUCCUCGGAGCUGCUGGAUAAUAGUCCCAGUGUGAGCCCACUAACUGGUCCUAACUGGUGCCAUGCUGCCCUACACACACAGACAAUGGAGCUUAUUCUGCUUCAGGCCGGAGAGAGCGUGAGUGGGUGUCAGGAAUGACCAGCCUGGGGAAGGAGACGGGGGCAUCCAAUAUGGCCUCCACACAGUAACAGGACUGUGUGUUUGUCUGGAGAGGGACGACAGCACCACAAAGAUGUGUUUGUCUGAAAGCGUCGUCGUGGGAGACACAAAGGAGAAAGAAAGGGAUGGAGGGGAAGAACUGCUGCCAUCAGUCCUGUUUCACUUGAGCUGGGACGGGAUGGUCUGUCGGGCGUGUGCAGAAGGCAGGAAGGACUCAGGUCAUCAUGCUGACAGAGAUGCAUCAUGGGGCAGAAGGACGGUGGGACAGCUUGGUGCCAGAGCCGGAUGAAUUAGUUAACUGUGUAAACAUGGUUAACGUCCACUGGCAUGUUCGGUUAUUUCCUUUGAGAAAGGCUUACAACCAAUCGGUGGGCCGGACGAUGGAUUCUACAGAUGCCUCUUAACAACCUGCAUGUGUCCAGCUCCUGAAGGCCUCAGAUCUCGGACGCCACAGUCUGCUCUACCUGAAAGAGAUUGGAAAUGGCUGGUUUGGCAAGGUUCUGCUGGGGGAGGUGAACACAGGCCUGAAUACCACUCAGGUGGUGGUGAAGGAGCUCAAAUCUAGCGCCAGUGUUCAGGAGCAGAUGCACUUUCUGGAGGAAGCACAGCCUUACCGCACCCUGCAGCACCCUGCUCUGAUGCACUGUUUGGCCCAGUGCACCGAGGUCACUCCUUACCUCCUGGUUAUGGAGUUUUGCCCGCUAGGUGAUGUGAAGGGUUACCUCCGAAGCUGCAGGACUGCAGAGACCAUGACCCCAGAGCCCCUUAUUCUUCAGCGGAUGGCCUGUGACAUCGCCUCAGGACUCUUACACCUGCACAAGAACAACUUCACACAUAGUGACCUGGCUUUGAGAAACUGCUUGUUGACUGCUAACGUCUCAGUGAAGCUCGGAGAUUAUGGUCUGUCCCACACCAAGUACAAGGAUGAUUACUACCUGACCUCAGAUCAGAUGCACGUGCCGCUGCGUUGGAUUGCUCCAGAGCUGGUGGAUGAUGUGCAUGGAAACCUGCUGGUGGCUGAGCAGACCCAACAGAGCAACAUGUGGUCUCUUGGUGUGACGAUCUGGGAGCUUUUUGAGCUGGGAAAUCAGCCGUACAGACACUACUCUGACAGACAAGUCCUGACCUACGCUGUGAGGGAGCAGCAGCUGAGACUGCCCAAACCACUACUAAAAGUUCCCCUGGCUGAGCGCUGGUAUGAAGUGAUGCAGUUCUGCUGGCUCCAGCCUGAUCAGAGACCCAAUGCCGAGGAAGUCCACUUGUUGCUUAGCUACCUGUGUGCCAAGGGGGCCAGUGAGGCUGAAGAGGACUUUGAGAGGCGAUGGAAGUCCAUGCGUCCCAAUACUGGAUUCGACAGCCACCACGGUGCCUCUGCAAUGUCAUGCAAUCACCCCUCAUCUACCAACUCCUCUUUCCCUCUGCUUGAGCAAUUUUCAACUGGUGAUGGCUACCAGUCAGAAUCAGGGGAUGAUAUACUAACAGUCACUGAGACCAGCCACGGUCUGAACUUUGAGUACAAGUGGGAACAAGCCAGGGCAGACCAGUUGUACAGAGCCCCAGACUCCUGUAGUACCCUCAGUCAGGUCAAGCACCAUUGUCAUGAACCAUUUUACCCACCAGGGGGCAUUGUUGGAGGCUGCCCCCUGGAGAGCCUCAGCCAUUCAGUUUCCCCAUCAUACUACCAACCAAAACAUUUACAUGCACCAGGUGUACUUCCUGUGCUCAGUGCCCAUAGCCCGUCAGUAGGCAGUGAAUACUACAUCCGCAUUGAGGAGCCAGUUGACUGUAACAUCGACCUGGACUACACCAUGUGCUCCUACAGCCCAGACUACCAGGGCAGCAGUGGAAGCUUUUUGACUGGGAGUGCAGACUCUGGUGAAUGCAUAGCUUGCCCUUCACAGGCUAAGAACAUGGGUCCCUAUUGGUCAGCAGACUUGCAUAAGGCAGAUGUGUUUGAUUCAAAUGAGUCAAGUCCUGCUAUCUCCCUGACAAUGGAGCCUCUUUUAGGGCAAAUGUCAGACAGCAGCCCACUGAGACCUUGGGAGUCUAGUCACUAUGUGUCCUAUAAAGACCGAGAUGGGGGUUACUACUAUGAGAACUCGCCCUCUUUGGGGCAGAAUAGUUUUAUGAUUGGAAGUGAGCCCAACAGAGGACAUCACCUGGAAAGCUGGGGGUCAAGGAGCCUGCGCCAGGCCUUGGGUGAGUUGGAGAACCCCCUCGGUAUAUCUCCCUCUGUGAGCAGUCCCCCUCAACAGGCCUACAGAGACUCAUACCUGGAAACAAGUCAGACCUCCAUCAUAGGAAAGAACGUAACAGGUGGCUAUUACGACAUGAUGGGCUCCCUGAGGAAGACAAUGCCAAGUCAUACCAGGCACAACAGCAACUCAGUUAGUAUCAACAUGGAGACAGAGGGGGCGCUCUUCGUCGGGCACAGAGACAGUGAUUCAGAUGAGGAAGAAGAGGACAUAUUUGUGGAGAGACACACCUGCAACACUUGGCCUUCAAAACAACGCCACUGCAGCGGGGGUCACCACAGACGGGCGAGCCACAGCUGUAGACAGGACCCUUACGUAGACUUCCACUACACAAUGCCAAGUAAAGACAUUGAAGACUCCUGGCCUGAAGACCACAGCCUGGCCUUCCAUUCUCUACCUAAACCCAUUGACUAUCUGGAGCCCCAUCAGGCCAAAGAUAACAGUACCUGCCUUAGUCUGAGUAAACAUCGUGCAAUGGUGCCCUCAGACAACUGCAAUGCCUACAUCUACCUGUGCCAUGAAGGAGAGACUCAAGUGCCAGCUCCAGGAGAGUGCUGCCACUCGCACUUUGUUGACCCGCUCACAGGCUUGCUUGUCAGAAACAACAGCUAUAGUCACAGCUACAGUCCCAGCAGCUACAUCAAUGAUAAGGUCAUUGACAUCCAAAGCAAUGAGGAGAUGAUUAAUCUGUCACCAGCUCCAGGGGGUCCAAUUGUGCCCAAACCUGCCUUGACUAAGACUGAGGAGAGAAGAGGUGACACACUAUUCAAGGAGAAGAGGGCGGAUGUAAUCAAAGAAAAUCCAAUCAUGCAAAAACCUACGGAGCCUAAAAAAGAAGAGGUAACCCUGACGAUGACUAAAACUGCUCCGCCUCCUGCUGACAACAUGCAUGUGAUGGUGGCCCUCACAGAUCCACAGUCAGAGCUGAGUCAAACUGGUGAUAGCAGUGUUGACCGAGGAGGAUCCAGUGUCAGCCUUGCAGACAUCUUGGACUGCAGUGAUGAUGAUGAGGAUGAUGACAUCACAGAUGAUAUCACUGAUGUGACAUCAGGCAUCUUUGCAGACGAGUCCAGCGAGCUGACCGCUUCUCCUGCCUUCAAGUCGCUGCAAAAGCAGGUAGGAACUCCUGAUUCCAUGGAUUCAAUAGAUCUGCCAUCUGUGGCUGGUUCUUGUGAAGGCUUAAGUCCUGCAUCCUCCCACCCAUCAAGCUCACCUAAAGCCAUGGACAGUGGCUAUGACACAGAAAAUAAUGAGAGCCCUGAGUUUGUGCCCAAAGAGCCUCAUGAUCCCCAUGAUCAACCUAUGGGAACACCAAUUCUUGAUACAGGCCUGGAAGAAGAAAAGUUGCUUAAAGAGCAAGAUGCCAGGGCUACAGUAGAGCCCUCAGAGCAUAAACAAUUAAUGGGUGAAGAUUUGGCCUUACUUCCCUCACAGACAGGUGAUCACAUCCUCUUACCACUGAGUGACAAGACUCCAUACAGAGACUCUGCUUACUUUUCAGACUAUGAGAAUGAAAGGCAGCCUAGAGAUGAAGGGGAAGAACUCUCAGAAACAAUUGGAGAGCAACAAAAUCUUGAAAAGGAACCGAUCAUGGAAGAAAAGAAGGGGGAGAAAAGGAAGAAUGAAGAGGAAGAAGAACUAAAGGACACUGAAACAAACAAAGACAUAAAACUUGAAAUGGAACCAAUAUUAACUGAUGGGAUAGACUCGUCUUCACUACCAGAGAUGGAAGCAUACUUGUCAGACGAUUGUGAUGAGGAUGAGGUAUUGGGUUUACCUCCAGAGCCCUCUGACACUGCUUCGAUAUCUGGGCUGGAUGAAUGGCCAUCUCAAGAAGAGAGCUCUUCCCUGGGGGACUGGGCAGCAGAGGUUGUCGGGGCAAUGGAAGAAGCCCUCGGUGCCCUGAAUGGAGAUUGUAUCUCCAGAGGAAAGUUAGAGGAGGAAGCGACAGAAAACGUUGUUCAAGAUUUAGGAACAACUGAAGAUCAGGCAGACAAGACGACUCCAAACAAACAAUCGAUAAUAUCAGAUGAAACUCUGCACACUUUACCUAAAGAUGAAGUGGCCCUUCAGCACAUGGCAAGCACAAGACGAUUUUCAUCUUCCUCUCCUCCACCUCCAUCCACCUCUCCCCCUACACUCCCAACAACAGAGGGCCGAGCGUCUCUAAUGGAUGGAGAAGAGGCAGAUGAGGAGGACGGUGACACUGAUGAUAGCGAUGAAUCUGAUGAGGAACUGAGAACCUAUAGUGUGCAGGAGCGGAGUGCAGGAGAGGAAAGCGAAGAUGAGUGCCACCUGGUGCCCAUCGUGGUGAGCGACAACAGCGAGGCCCACAAACUGCGCAGCCUUCUUAAGAUGCCGAUCAUGCUUACAACAGAGAACAUAGAGGAGGAGCUGGAACGCAAGAAGAAGACUGUGUCUUUUUUCGACGACGUCACCGUCUAUCUGUUUGAUCAGGAAAGUCCAACUAAGGAGCUGACUGAACAUGGCUUCCCAUUAGGAGCAGAAAGUCAGAGUAAAUCCCAGGACAGAGUUACGGCCUCGGACGACUCUUCAGACGGGAACCUCUCAGAGGAGAGUGCUGGAUACGAGUGGGAGGACGACUUCCCCCUGCUCCCUCUACCAACUUCAGUGACAUCCGACUCUCCACUGCCUCGCUCCAUCCCCAAAGCUCAAAACCCCAAAGCAGCGGUACAGUUCUCCCGCUUCUCUGUCUCCCCGUCCAGCGUGUCUCGUUUCUCCAUCACUCACAUCUCUGACUCUGACAUGGACUCCGUAGGAGGAAGCAGCGAAGACGGAGAUAAAGAGUAGAGAGUGCCGUGGACCGCCUCUUUAUGAAGACAACACGGCCUGCUAGCAUGAAUUCAGAUUUUUUUUAGAAACACAGGACAGUGCCUCGUAUCGCCUGUGGACACUUUUCAAAGGUCCUUCCUGCUACAGCGUUGGACCUAAGCUGUUUCAAAUACUGAAAAGAGAAUGGUUAAGAUAUGAAAUGUACAGAUAUUAAUAUAAACUGUGUGUAUGAUAUCAAGAACAUAUGAAAGAAGGGAAAACUUGUACGUUGAAUUCUGCAUAUUUUUGGGAUCAAAGAGACUAAAUGGACAGAUGGAUGUUUGAAAGCAUCUUCACUUCAUUAUUUAUUUAUAAUUAUUUUAUGACGCAGUCAGGAGAGUGUGAAGCGACUUCAUGAACAGUAAACUGCAAACUGUCCACAAAGGAUCAGCCCUUUGAACAAGACUUAAGCUUCACAACAAACGUUUGAGGAAACUGCUUUACUUUCUUUAAGAAUAUCGAUCAGAACUUUGAGGUGUCACAAGUAAUAUAAUGUUUAUAUUUGCAUUCGUUCAGAGACUGACGUGUGUGAAAGAAGGAAGGAAAGGCUAUUUGGUUUGCGGAAUUAGCUGAACAAACACGGGAAAGCUAAUAUUUUGUGACUUUUUCUCUUUCUUGUUUUAUCAGGACCACUACUGCACUGUUUGACAUAAAUGUAUGUGGCUCAUUGUUUCUGUCAAACUGAAUGCCAGCACCCCCCUCACAAACCAACCCUCCGUCAUAAACAUUGGACUUAACAUUUUGACUUUGGUGGCAAGACAACAAAGGACAUCUUUUCAGAUAUCAUUCUUUUUUAAGGUUAAACUGUUUCUUGUUUAUAUAGAAAUGCAUGGUUCAACAGUACCUAAAGAAUAUAUGGCUUUGAAAAAGGA